AGUGCCCAGAAAAGCAGAUCUUAAAUUGAUAUAUAGCUACACAUUAUAAAAUCCGCCGAGUAUUAAAACUACUACUGUUAGUUGUAAUGAAAAUUAUAACAGUAUGGGUCAACAUUUCCAAAGAACCACGAAUUUAACUGGAACAAGGAAAGGACACUGCGAGUUUCGCUCUGAAAUCAAUAGGCUCAAAGUCUAUUCGUCCUGUGACUGUUUUUACAAAGGUGUGUCGCUGCGUGAGACAGCCAUGACGUCACCACAAUACCUGCCUGACUAACAGGAGAGGAAGGGAAGCGGGGGGGGGAGGCCGGUUCAGAGAGAAACUAAAGCGGGAGGAAAAACACAUUUUAUCUUUGUCAGUUGUCAGGAACGAGGGGCAGUUGAAAACUACCAAAACGUGAACAACAACAAAAAAAACGGAUGAUAAGAAUUACGAUCUUCGGACUUAAAGAAGAAUAACUCAAACAAACGGCAGGUUUUGGAGGUGAUACCAUUGCGUGGAAAAAAACUAAAACUGUUUCCUGGUUUCAGCUAUACAGGUCAUGGCUGUCCACCCGCGCCGAGUCCGGCUCAAGCCCUGGCUGGUCACCCAGGUGGACAGCGGUCUGUACCCAGGACUCGUGUGGCUGAACAGAGAGGCCAAGAGGUUCCAGAUACCAUGGAAACACGCCACCAGACACAGCCCCCAGCACGAGGAGGAGAACACCAUCUUCAAGGCUUGGGCUCUGGAGACUGGGAAGUACCAGGAAGGGAUCGAUGAACCAGAUCCGGCCAAGUGGAAAGCUCAGCUGCGCUGCGCCCUGAACAAGAGCCGGGAGUUCAAACUUAUAUACGACGGUACCAAGGAGGUUCCCAUGAACCCGCUGAAGAUAUACGACGUCUGUGAAAUCCCGCUGGCCAUCGGAAACCCAGGUUCAACAGGGUCCGUUCCCUGGGAGGAGAAUGAUGCUGAACUGGAGGAAGAGGAGGAUGAAUCGUUUCCUUACCUGCAUGUCAAGGGCUCUGUGUCCCCGAUAGACCCUGCCAGUGUCCAGAGCUGUCCCCCUGUGGAGGUGUGGCCGAAGGAGGAGCCGGUGGAUAUGGAGGUGCCCCCGACCCCUCUUCUUGAGGAAAUGUUCAGCUCUCCAGAAAUGUGGAUCAGCUCCUUGCCUAUGACGGACCUGGAGGUGCAGUUCCAGUUCCGCGGGAAGGAGGCGUGCCCCCCGCUGAUAGUGAGUAACCCCCAGGGCUGCAGGCUGUUCUACGGGGACCUGGGGCCCAUGGUGAACCAGGAGGAGCUGUUCGGACCGGUCAGCCUGGAGCAGCUGCGUUUCCCGUCCGCCGAACACAUCACCAACGAGAAGCAGCGGCUCUUCACCGGGCGCCUGCUGGACGUCAUGGACCGCGGCCUCAUCCUGGAGAUCAGCGGGCAUGAUAUCUACGCUGUGCGGCUCUGCCAGUGCAAGGUGUACUGGUCCAGUCCCUGCGCCCCCAACCCCAACGCGCCCAACCUCAUCGAGAGGCAGAAGAAGGUCAAGCUCUUCUGUCUCGAGUCCUUCCUCAGCAGCGUGAUUGCCCAGCAGAAGGGACAGUCGGAUAAGCCACCCCAGUUUGAAAUACACCUCUGCUUUGGGGAGGAGUGGCCUGAUGGGAGACCCAAGGAGAGGAAACUCAUCAUGGUCCAGGUGAUCCCGGUAGUGGCCCGCAUGAUCUACGAGAUGUUCUCGGGGGAUUUCACACGCUCCUUCGACAGUGGCAGCGUGCGUCUGCAGAUCUCCACGCCCGACAUCAAGGACAACAUCGUGGCUCACCUCAAGCAGCUCUACCGCCUCCUGCAGACUCACCAGGGACAUGACGGCUGGCAGAUCCCACCCGGCACCAAUUUGCACCUCCAACAAGCGCUGUCCGCUCAAUAACCAAACGGACCCUUAUAAAAGUUUGCUGUGGCAUCUUACCAUGCAGUGUAUUUGCUUAAACAUGUUUGUGUGUGUGUUUGUUUUUUUGUUUUUCAACCAUACUUGCCUAUGCUUUGCCAUGGGUUUUGCAUUAUUACAAUUUGCCAUGCUUUGGCCAUUUACAAGAGUCAACUUUUAUAAGGGUUUAACAUGUGCCUGAAAGGAUAGAUUCAUUAGUGUAUAUGUAAUGUUCUAUAAUAUAUAUCUGUGUAGCUAUAUAGAUAUGUGUCUCUUGUACUGUACAGGGUCGUUUUAUAAAGUCAAUAGGGAAGGACGCUAUCAGUCAAAAGGGGGCUGUAUUUAUUCUGGCCCACAUCUCACAAUGCUGUGUUUCCUCCGUAUAAAUCCACACAGAGGCAUGGCAUGGUUAGAUUUGCAGUGUGAAGUGUGGUGUGGAACCUCUCUAAUAAUGCAAUGUGCUGUGGUGGUAGAGCGAGGAUGAUAGCGCUAGAAUCCGGCUGUCAUCACCAGAGUUUUAUUGCAGAAAUGACUUUAUAAUCACCCUGCAGCCUGUAGGAAUUUCUUUCGGGGUUAGUGGUGUCAAGUGUAGAGUGAAGAAAAAUAAUGAUUGCUAUUUUAAUUGAUACGUUAUUAAUAAUGUGUUUUUUCAAGUGUCAUAAUUUUAUUGCUUUUUUUUUAGACUGUUUUUGUGUAAUUUUUUCAUCAUGUAAAUUGAAAGUUAAUACAAUGCCUUUUUGUUUUAAGGAGUUCACAUGGUUUUUAGACAGGUGUGUGUUUUGAAUUGAAAUGAUGAAGUGUUGAUGGUUCUGAUGCAGUAGGAUCCCUCUUGUAUGACCUGAGUGAAGUGAGCUGGUCAUAUUAACAGGAGCUCUCCAGGCUCCAGAUUGGAAGGGACUGACAGACAGUCCCGCUUGUUAUAUGGAGCUGGUCACAGGGAGGGUGUCUGCUGUGUUGUUGUUGUGUGUAAACUGGUCAAUGCCUUGCUUGUAUAUCAGAUUGAAGAUGCAAUAUUCAAACAAUAAAUACUAUUUUACUUAGCUCUAA